AUGGAAGAUAAUGCCUGCGCAGAGCAACAUCUCUGGCUAAAUGACUUGAGUUUACUCGACAAGUUCUGUUGGGUUCUUUAUGUAUUCGAUUUGUUAUCAACCACCCACCUGCACGCACAGUCGGCCUUGGAAAUGCUGGCGUUCAUUCGUCUCACCUCUGCAAGCGAUUCUCUAGACGAAUUGCCGAAUUCUACCAUUGCCAUGCCGUCAAUGCAGCACAUCGAGGCCUGGGUCUCGACCGAGGCUGCGGUGUCGUCAUUUGCUGGCACACUCGUCAUGGUAUCCCUGUACCGACGAUGUAUUGACCACACCAUGUCGCAGAUUAAUCAUCCACAUGCCUUCUGGGAGGCGCAUUACUCGAUUGAUAAAGCCAUCAAUCACUACCGAGGGAACUUAGUCUCUCACCACGUCAACGGCGACCUCUCCGACGACCCACGAUCUCUCCCACUACGCAGGAACCUAGCCGCGGUCGUAAUCACUCUACAUGAGACAGCCCUGAUCAAGGUACAGAAAAACAAGCUGCCUGCGUUCCUCGCGGCCAAGGCAAUCACCAAGUGCAUCGCCGCUGCCACUGACAUUGCUAUGGCCGUCCAGCUCGGUCAAUGA